UGGUUGGACUGGGCGGAGUCGGUAGGAGAUUUUGACCUCUGACGAACGGAAACUGGAUUCCGGGACUGAUCAAAACCUGUUGCAGGGAGUCAUGCGGUAUGUUGAGGACGUUUCCUUGCGAAACAGAGGAGCAGGAACUAGCUCAUAUCAGGAUGACCACACAGGCACAUAUGCUCAUGCGAUCAGGCGUCGAGCGCCUCCGCCUGAUCGACUUCGACCAAGUCUCCCUCUCAUCUCUAAACCGGCACGCCGUCGCAACCCAAGCCGACGUCGGGAUCCCCAAAAGCACCUGUCUCGAGCAGCACUUCAAGCAGAUCGCGCCGCACGUCGAGAUCGACGCCCGCAAUGAGCUGUUCACGCUGGAUGCGGCGCCGGAGUUGUUGGGUGGGAGGCCGGAUUACGUUCUAGACUGCAUCGACAACCUCAACACCAAAAUCGAUUUAAUCAAAUACUGCAAAGACAACAACCUCCCCAUCAUCUCCUCCAUGGGCGCGGGCGCCAAAGCCGACCCAUCACGGAUCCAGAUCGCCGACAUAAGCGAGACAUUCGAGGACCCACUGGCCCGCGCCACCCGCCGCGGCCUAAAACUCAAAGGCGUCGAAAGCGGCGUGCCUGUCGUCUACUCCACCGAGAAACCGGGCGCUGUUAAAUUGUUGCCGCUUGAAGACGAUAAAGUCGAGGAGGCGAAGGAAUACUCUGCUCUGCCUGAUUUUCGUGUCCGCAUCCUCCCGGUCCUCGGCACCCUCCCCGCCCUCUUCGGCAACUCCAUGGCGACCCACGUGAUCACUUCCCUCGGCAACUACCCCACAGAACCGCUCGCCAUCAAAUGUCGCGAAAAGACGUAUGCGCGCCUGCAUCGUGAUUUGGUGAAUAGGGAGAAGAAACAUGGGGGUGGGGCGAUGGGGUUGAAUAUUGCUGAUGUGGGGUAUAUUUUCGAGGAGAUAUGGCGCGGUCGCUCAGCCCUCUCCGGCACCUUCGAAAAGCUCGCCCUGCUCCGAUGGGACUCGUCGCAACCGAUCUCGUUCCAGAACAUCGUCUGUCUCACGCGCGCGGAGGCGGAGAAGCAUGAGAGGGUGCCUCCAGGGGAGCUGGCGGGGCAUUAUGGGGAGGAGGUGCUGAAGUUUGUGAGGGGACGGUGGGAGGAGGAGAGGAGGGUUGGGGGGUGGAGGUAGAGUUGCGUGGGUGGUUGGAGUAGGGGUUGAGGUGGAGGGAGGCACGUGGAUCUGCUCUGAGAUGUAUAGUGUAGGGCUUAUAGCGGUGUCUGUUUCAAUAUGUUAGAUAGAGGCUGGCUUUAUACCGGGUACGGAUCGGAAAUGCACUCCGCACCCUCUGAGCGUAUCACAUUUUCUCAGGGCCGUUGUGACUGAUCUUCAUGGAUGUAGUGGGGGGGCGUUCCUGCACACCUCAAACAUACAGUACUGUAUACAUGUACAGUAUAUAAACAUAUAGUCCAUAACG